AUGGAAGCUCUUAAAAUUUCUACUUGUUUUCCACCAUUUCACUUCAACUUGAAAACACCUAGAUUUUCAAGAAUUAUAUGUGAGAAGAAACCAAACUUUUCUUUUUCGCUAAAUCAUCAACAACCCCACAAGUCAAGAUUCAAUCUUUUCACUACCAAUAUUUUUAAUUCAACUAAUGAACCACAACAACUACUUCCAAAUUAUGAACAAGAAAUUAGUACUAAAAAUGAAAAAAAUCAAGAAAAAGAGAAAUUUGAUUGGUACGCACAAUGGUAUCCAAUAAUGCCACUAAGUGAACUUGAUAAGAGAAGGCCACAUGGGAAAAAAGUGAUGGGAAUUGAUUUGGUAGUGUGGUGGGAUAAAAUUUUGGAGGAAUGGAGAGUGAUGGAUGAUGCUUGUUCUCAUAGAUUGGCUCCACUUUCUCAAGGGAGAAUUGAUCAAUGGGGAAGAUUGCAAUGUGUAUAUCAUGGUUGGUGUUUUAGUGGUUCUGGUGAUUGCAAGUUCAUUCCUCAAGCUCCUAGAGACAAGCCUCAUGUUCACACAUCCAAAAGAGCAUGUGUAGCAGUGUAUCCAAGUUUUGUGCAAAAUGACAUUCUUUGGUUUUGGCCCAACACUGAUACUUUGUACAAGGACAUACACUUGAGAAAAACCCCACCUUAUAUUCCACUUUUAGAUGAUUUAACUUCAUAUGCAAAAACAACACUUGUUAGAGACAUCCCAUAUGGGUAUGAGUUUUUGAUUGAAAACCUCAUGGACCCAUCUCAUGUCAAUUAUGCACAUCAUGGCAUAAUGAAAAUUGGGAAAAUAGAAGUUCCAAACAGUGUGAAGGGUGAUACAGAAGGAGGAAAACCACUUGAUAUAAGCCUUGAAAAAUUAGACAUAAAUGGAUUUAUUGCAAAGCAAGGACAUGAUGAACACAAAUUUAUUGCCCCUUGUGUGUACUAUGGUCCAUUUGGUUGUACUUCUAAGAUUUAUUUUAUUUGUGAUGUGAUGCAGGAAGAAUCGUCAUCAAAUGAUACAAAUAGAAUAUUUCUAGUAUUUCUAUGUGUUCCAGUAAGUCCAGGUAAUUGCAGAUUGAUGCUGACAUCCUUCAGAAACUUUGCUGGUUGGGAGUAUAAACUAUUUCCACCAUGGAAAUUUCACCUUGACAAUAACCUAAUCAUUGAUUCUGAUUUGUAUUUACUUCAUCUUCAGGAGCACAAGCUAAGGGAAAAAGGUCCACAGAAUUGGCAAAAAGUUUGUUAUGUACCAACAAAGGCAGAUGCCCUUGUGGUUGGUUUUAGAAGAUGGUUGACCAAAUAUGGAGGUGCCCAAGUUGAUUGGGGCACAAAAUUUACUGGUGACUUGCAACCAACUCCUGCUAGGGAACAACUUUUGGACAGGUACUGGACACAUACAAUAAAUUGUAGCAGUUGUAGCAGAGCAUAUAAAAGUCUAAAUGUCCUUGAAAUCAUUAUGCAAAUUAUCUCUGUUGCUUCAAUUGGAAUUGCUGCUGCAGCAAAGGAGAGUGUCAUGUCAAUUGCUGCAAGAUAUUCAUUGGUCUUCUUGGCAUUACUAUGCUUCAUGGCUUCAAGAUGGUUAUCCAAAUUUAUAUACAAAAGUUUCCAUUUCCAUGAUUAUGAUCAUGCCUUUUGUUAAAUGGUGUACUAUGUAAUAGUAUUGGAGAUCC